AUGGCCAAGUCUGCAACCAAGGUGGCGAAGCCUUCCAAGGCCGAGUCCAAGACUGUCAAGAGCGGCGGCAUCACCAAGGCCUCUCAGACUCCCAAGGCUAAGGCCAAGGACGCUGCUAAGGCUACCGCCAAGAACAUUGAGAAGAAGAAGAAGAAGGUCGUUGAGGCCGAGACUUCUGAUUCCGACUCUGACAGCGAGUCUGAGGCCAGCGCCUCUGACUCUGACUCUGACUCUGACGCCUCUGAGGAGGAGGCCCCCAAGAAGCCUGCCGCCAACGGCAAGAAGGCCAAGGCUGCUGAGAGCUCCGAUGAGGACUCCGACUCUGACGACUCCGAGGAGGAGAAGGCUGCCCCCAAGGCCAACGGCAAGAAGGCCGCCGCCGAUUCUGAUGAUUCCGACGACUCUGACUCCGAUGAAGAGGAGGAGACUGCCCCCAAGGCCAACGGUGCCAAGAAGGCUGAUGCCGACUCUGAUGACUCUGACGACAGCGACGACUCUGACUCCGAUGAGGAGGAGGAGAAGACUGAGGCUACUCCCUCCAAGAAGCGCAAGGCUGAUGAUGACGUUGCCGAGGCCCCCAAGAAGGCCAAGACUGACGACAACGCUCCCACUACCCUGUUCGCCGGCUCCCUCAGCUGGGGUGUCGAUGACGAUGCUCUGUACGAGGCUUUCAAGUCCUUCGGUGGUCUUGUCAGCGCCCGUGUCGUCACCGACAAGAACACUGGCCGCAGCCGUGGUUUCGGCUACGUCGACUUUGGCGACGCCGAGUCUGCCACCAAGGCGUACGAGGCUAUGCAGGGCCAGGAGGUUGACGGCCGUGCCCUCAACCUCGACUACGCCAACGCCAAGCCUGCCGAGGCCAAGCCCGGUGACCGCGCCGCCGACCGUGCCAAGCGCCACGGUGACACUCUCAGCGCCGAGAGCGAGACUCUCUUCGUCGGUAACCUGCCCUUCGACACUGAGCAGGAUGCUGUCCGCGAGUUCUUCGGCGAGGUUGCCGAGGUUGCCAGCGUUCGUCUGCCUACCGACCCUGAGUCUGGUAACCUGAAGGGAUUCGGCUAUGUCACCUUCAACUCCAUUGAGGACGCCAAGGCUGCUCUUGAGGCCAAGAACGGCGAGGCUAUUGGCAACGGUAGAAUGUCCCGUGCUGUCCGCCUCGACUUUGCCGGCCAGCGUCCUCCUCAGCAGGACGGCGGCCGUGGUGGCGGCUUCGGCGGUGGCCGUGGCCGUGGUGGUUUCGGCGGACGCGGUGGUGGCCGUGGCGGUCCCCGUGGCGGUGGUGGUCGCGGUGGCUUCGGUGGCCGUGGUGGCGGCCGUGGCGGCGGCUUCGGCGGUAGCCGUGGUGGCUUCUCCGGCAGCAAGAUUUCUUUCGACUAA